UGUUUACUGUUGUGUAAACAAGCAACAAACUUGUUAGGUUCAUAAACGAAUAUCAUCAAUUCAAUAUCCAGAAAAUCCCCAAAAAUAAUGAAAGAAAAUGCUCGCGGACGCAGCCCCGGCCGAUAGCAGCAAACCGCCACCGGAUCUUAUCUCGCUGCUGCUAAUCGUCGUAGUGGCGAUCUUCUGGGGCGCCACCAAUCCGUUUAUCCGGCGGGGAACGCUCGGUGUGAAUAGUCUCCAGGCGGACACCAGGCUGGGUCAGAUUUGGCUGGAGCUCAAGUUUUUGCUGUCCCGCUGGCAGUAUUUGCUUCCGCUGGCGCUGAACCAGGCCGGAAGUGUGGUGUACGUGUUUGCCCUGCAGCGGUCGGAGCUGUCGCUGGUCGUUCCGGCGGCCAACUCGUUGACGUUUGUGUUUACGGCCAUUUCGGCGCGGAUGCUGGGGGAACAGGGUGGAAGUUGGAAAACCUACACUGGAAUGGGUCUUGUGAUUGCAGGAACAAUUUUAUGCAGUAUAGAAAAAGUUAUGUGAUAUCAGCUAGAAAUGACUUGAAAGGAACUUGUUAUCGUUGAUCUAAUAAAAAA